AUGCAAACAAAACAAUCUGUUGAUUUACUAAUAUACAGUUUGACAAUAUUCCAUAGACAAGCAUGCGUAUUUCAUGUAAAUGUUGUAGAGGCAGAAUCAUCGAAUUAUUGGAGGAACUUUCUUUCAAAAUCUUCGCAUAAAGAUGAAGUUUGCGAAUCUCAAUGCGCUUCAAAAAAGCAUAACUCAAAAAAAUAUUACAGGCAUAUCCGUCUAUUAAAUGGGCUUCUUUUUUCAAUGAAGUCUUUUUGUAAAAGACUUAUACCAAACGUUACUAAUGAUCAGGAUGGUUUUAUUUCUUAUACCACUGAGUUAUACAAGUUGUAUUGUUUUGAGACACUUUCAGGGCAUAAGUUUAUCUUGAUGGUGCAUCCAUCAAUAAAUUACGGAAAUGAGCUAUUGAGGCAACUUUACUCAACCAUAUAUUUAGAAAAUGUUAUUAAAUCACCUGAAUAUAACUAUGGAUCUUUAAUUGAUAAUCAAUUGUUUGAAAGUUCAUUGGGAUCAUUUUUUAAACAAUAUAUUCAAGAAAUGUCAUAA